AUGGAUCAAAUGAAUAGUGUCUUCUCGCGAAGACUCUUGUCGUCGUUUAACAUAAGCGAUGAAUUGAUUAAUAAACUCUUCGCGAAGGGAUUGACAUUGAAAUCACAGAUUCAAUGGUUAAGUGACAGCAAAUUGCGGUCAAUGUGUGGCUUAAGUGAAUCAGAAAUGGAUGUGAUUAACAAAGUUGUCAGACAUUCACACAAAACAGCCAUCAAUGCGAUGACAAUCCAAGAGAUGCUUCGGACCCGAUAUCCGCCCCUUAAGAGUCCCUCCUUUUCGUUGGACAGAGCCCUCGGCGGAGGACUACAAGUGUCUCAAAUCACACAAUUUUGCGGUGAGGGAGGAGUCGGUAAAACCCAGAUCUGUAUGCAAUACUGUAUUAACGUUCAACUGCCGCAACGGAUGGGCGGUCUGUCUGGUCAGGCUCUCUAUAUCGACACCGAAGCCAACCUAAGACCGCAACGGUUGGCAUCGAUGGCACAGUUUUAUCUCAAUUGUGACCAACAAUUACGGGAAACUCAUUCCGUGGAGUCGAUGCAGUCGGCCGUUCAUGUCUUCACGUGUAACACAACCGCCAAAGAUUUGGUUGAAUUGAUUGUCACACGAGUCGAGCCAUUCAUUGAACACAAUCCGCAAAUAAGACUCGUUGUCGUCGACAGUAUCGCUCAUCUGUUCCGAUAUGACUAUAACGGAAGUAACGAUCAAAAAGACUACGAAUUGUGUCAAAUCGGACACAAACUCAAACAAAUAGCGCACACGAAGAAAGUUGCCGUUGUGAUCGCAAAUCAGGUCUCGUUUAGCUUUAAGGAGAAUAAGAACGUGCCGUCUUUGGGCCGCAUUUGGCAGGCAUUCUGUUCCACGAGUUUUAUGAUCAGAAGAAUGUCAAUCGAUUCCACAAGAAUCGGAUCUACUAUCAAGUCUGUCAACUUUGACAACAGUCGCAAGUUUUACGUUAAAUUAACCGAAAAUGGUGUCCAAGAAGCACUAUCGCUUCCAGGCUAUGACUAG